AUGACGCCAACAGCGAAACAGUUUUUGCUGCCGAACUGGCUGCUGGCAGCGAAACAGUUGUCGCUGCCGAAUUGGCAGCCUGUAGCGAACCAAUUCUCGCUGCCGAAUUUGGCAGCCUAUAGUGAACCAGUUCUCGGGGAAGCUGCGGUAGCGGGGGAUGGCGGGAGGUCUAACGAAACAGAGGGAGUACCCCCAGUUGCAGCAGCGCAGCAAGAAAGAUCAGAAGCACAACCAUCGACUAUUCCAACUAGUGUGCCCCCACGAUAUGUAGACCCAGGACUCCUUAUACAAAUAGUUAAAGCAGUGAUGGAGGGUAUGGCGGGUUCAGCGACACAAGCAACUCCCACCACGCAGAUUCCAUAUGCAGCCCCUAUGACAAGCCUGACUACAGAUAACGUGGUGCCAUUGGUACGACUAGUCAAGAGUAUGAGGGAAAUGGGCUGUGAACCGUAUAUGGGGGAACAAGAUGCAGAGAUAGCUAGAAGAUGGAUUAGGAAGGUAGAAAAGACCAUGGUUCAAAUAAGCAUACCUGAGGGGUUGAGGGUAAACUGUGCAACCCAGUUAUUGUCUGAUAGGGCCAUGACAUGGUGGGAAACAGUUCAGCUGAGGCGUGCAACUGAGACACUAACUUGGAGUGAUUUCAAGACAGAGUUUGAGAAUCAGUUUUAUUCCAGGUACCAUCGUAAGGUGAAAGAACAAGAGUUCUUGGCAUUAAGACAGGGUGAUAUGUCGGUAUUGGAGUACGAAAGGAAGUUCCAUGAUCUCUCAUUGUUUGCCCCACACUAUGUGCCAACAGAGGAACAUAUGAUUGAGAAGUUGAGAGAUGGUUUGCGACAGGACUUAAGACAAGGAUUGAUCGCCUUACGAUUUAAAUCAGUGAGAGAGUUGAUUGAGGCUGCCCAAGCUUUGGAGGCUUGUAUUGGAGAAGGCUAG